GCCGACAGCCUGGCUCCGGAAAUCCCAGGCCAGUGGCAAUCUCGCCCCAUCACUCUCAUCCAGUCAUUGAAGGAUCAACGGACCUCGUCAAGGUCAGCUUGUGAAACCUCGAUCCGGCGUUGCCCAAUGGGUUGAUUGCUUCCCCCUCUCGCAAGAAGUUUCAGCGAGAGGCAAUUUCCGCAAUUUCAACAGCGUUUGACAAUUUCGCUUUUUUGUCGAUAUCUCAGCUCUCUGUUUCAUCCCUGUGAACGACGAGCACAGUCUUUGGGCACGUGGAUGGAAAAAGGAAGGUUGAAACGUGUCCGCCCGAGAGGAGGGCAUGUUUCUGUUUCGGUUGUGUGUUGUGACGGAUAGAAGAGAAUUGAACUUUGGAAACGGAACAGAGGACCAUGAGUAGACCGACAGGCAACAUGUUCUUUGCACGAUCCCUCCGUCCCUCGACUAUGCCGAGGUCGAGAAUGAACGAGCCAGUCUGUUCUUUAGCUGUCACUCGAUGGGCUGAUUGUGGCUUCCGUUUUCCAUCUCAUGUCAAACAAUCUCUAACCUUUCCUGAUGCCACCAUGACUGAUUGACCUGUUUUUUUCACCGGGGUUCCAAUUGAAAUCAUGGGAGUUGAAAAGCGUGUUCAUAGGAAUCGCAUUACCGUGCUUCAAUUACAAGGCGAUCCUGGACAAGGAUGGCAACGGACUUGACACUUCUCGUGGAUGGCAUUCGGGGCAUUCGUCUGUGACUAUCAUGAAAUGGUCAUCAUGUAUGAUACAAUAAUGAUCGAAAAGUUUAAAUUGCAGUUUCUGUGUCACAGCCCAGAGAAAAAGGCUGCCGCAGCUAAUGCACCAGGCUCAAGUUGCCACAUCUCACAAUCUCCUCUCAUGUGACCCACACAGACCAGAUGAUGAUGGCGCUCCUGAAGUGGUGUGCCCUCCCCCAUCAGGUGCGUUUCAAACUCACCGUCGCUCAGCGAAGUGUAAUUGGCUGUUUCUCCUGGAGUUGGUCUUCCGCAUCCCGGGCUACAGUACAAAUGGAAGGCUUUGCGAUGUCAUCUGCUAUGAACUGACCCGACCGACAGAUCAGGUGUUUCAAAUUCGAAACUCACUUGGUUAGAGCCGUCUCUAGAUUACCAUCGUGCGCCAGAGUGCGAACAGACAGUUUCAUUUGCCUGCUUGGCAAUUGAGAUCAUUGCCAGAGCCAAGAGCAAUACCUUUUCGGAUCCUCCUACUCGGUGGCCAGGUUGACAGAGUUCGUCGGACAUGUUUCUCAAGGGUCAGCUUCUUCCACCCACAAAACACUGACUGGACGAAGUACAAUCCAGUAGUGGUGAACUCUCAUGUGUGUUCCACUCAAGCUUCAGUGCAUGAACGUCACUAGGUCGAUUCUGUGUAACAAUUAUCUCUUUGUUUGAAGGCAGUGGUCGCCGAGAGGCAUCGAUGAUUGCCACAUUGACCUCUUUUUCACACUCCACAUUUUGAUGGUCAGAGCGAUGACACAAUGACUAGAGGAUCGAAAUCCACAUGUCAUGCUUCGACUGUCUGUAUUCUGCAGCUGGGCCCCAGCUUGUCGGUUACUUGAAGGCCCUGCCGCGUCUGCCAUCUUCUUAUGGACUUCACCCCUAGACACAUUAACUCUCGGAUCAUCGAACGAUUGGAUUUCAGUAUCCGAAAGGAGAAG